CUGACCAGGAAGGUCAACAAGGACUAUAGAGUUCCGUUCGAAAGCAGUUCUCCAGUGUUGACCAAGGGGCUGAACGUGCUGGUUCCGGUGUACGCAAUUCAUCACGAUCCCGACUACUAUCCCGAACCAGAGCGCUUCGAUCCGGAACGCUUCUCGGCGAAAGAAUGUGACAAACGGCAUCCAUUCGCUUUCCUGCCCUUCGGUGAAGGUCCGCGUAUUUGCAUCGGUAUGCGCUUCGGGAUAAUGCAGGCCAGGAUUGGCUUGGUGUACCUGUUAAAGAACUUCCGCUUUUCACUCGUAUCGCACAAAAUGCGUGUGCCGCUGAAGAUCAACCCCUCCAGCCUCAUCCUGUCCAUCGAGGGUGGACUCUGGUUGAAUGUCGAAAAGUUGUGA